CUGUUCUCUCCCAAACCCCAUCCAAACCUCCUCGCCAUUUCACUGCGCUCUGCUCCUCUCCUCGGCCAGCAACCUCCUCUGCUCCGUUCCCCCGCCAUGGCCACCGCCGCGCGCGCUAUCGCGGCCGCCCGCCUGGCGCAGCCGCUCCUCGUAUCGCGGCGCCUGCCUUCCUCCUCGGCUCGCCCCACGCGGCCUCGUGGCGGCGGCGGUUCCGCCGUCCGCUGCAUGGCGCGGCGGCCUGACGCCUCGUACUCGCCGCUGCGGUCGGGGCAGGGCGGCGACCGCGCGCCCACGGAGAUGGCGCCGCUGUUCCCCGGCUGCGACUACGAGCACUGGCUCAUCGUCAUGGACAAGCCCGGCGGCGAGGGCGCCACCAAGCAGCAGAUGAUCGACUGCUAUAUCCAGACCCUCGCCAAGGUUGUUGGGAGCGAGGAGGAGGCGAAGAAGAAGAUCUACAACGUGUCCUGUGAGCGCUAUUUUGGGUUUGGGUGUGAGAUUGACGAGGAAACAUCCAACAAGCUGGAAGGCCUCCCCGGCGUUCUUUUUGUGCUUCCGGAUUCCUAUGUUGAUGCAGAAAACAAGGACUAUGGCGCUGAGUUAUUUGUGAACGGAGAAAUUGUCCAGCGAUCACCAGAAAGGCAGAGGAGGGUGGAGCCGGUGCCUCAGAGAGCUCAAGAUAGACCAAGGUACAGUGACCGGACUCGCUAUGUGAAGCGGAGGGAGAACCAGGCCUAUCAACGGUGACAUGCCCCUGCAUUUACUGCAAGUGUCAAUCGCUCUUGUUCUAGAUAUAGCAGCAGCUCCCACAUGAGAAAGUGUUGUUCGUCCUGUUUGCUGCAGUGUAACCUUGUCAUACUUUCGCAUCUAUUUUCUGCAUGAACUGUAGGUUAAGAUUUUGUAGGAGACUUGCUCCGUUAUCUCAGUUUGGUGGCCCUCGUUUGGUAGUAAAAGAAUGAAGUUCACUCGAGCCGUUUGUCUCUUGCAGUA